CAAAAGACAAUUGCACAAAGGAUACUCGAGCCUCUGGGACGUUUCAUUUGGGUUCAAAUCCACCCACAAGUUUUAGGUUAUAAUAUCUGAAGAAAAUGGGUAAUUAUUUGGGAAUUUGUUGGCAAUAUGUUUGGGAACACCUAUGGGCAUCUGCCAUAGUUGGAAUAAUAGCCACAGCUUUCACGCCGCCGAUAAAAAAACUUUGGACGAAAAUUGUCGUCAAGCUUCUGGAAAAUUGGUUAACGCGCAUUAUGACAUGGUGGAGAGGGAUUUCAAGCGAGUCGAAUUCUGACACGAAGAACGAUCGAGAUGAAACCAUAGACGAGGGUCAGCCGCAUGUGAAUAGUGCUGAGGCAGAACGCGAUGACAGGAAUGCAACCCGUCGCAGACUUAAGAAGGACCUUGAUGACCGAUCUGCAGAUGAAACCAUAGAUGAGUGUCAGCCGCAUCAAAGUGAAAACCCCUGUCCAUUAGUCCAGUUUGAAGGCAUUGAGGCUAAUCUUGUUGCAUACGGCGUGGAUGGUCUUUAUUACAAUAGCAAAGAAUAUGAGGAUGGUGAAGAAUUCUCAAAGGAGGAAAGUGAGAUGGCAGAGAACGAGAGGAAAAAAAGAAAGCCUGGUAAAGUGAAAGCUGUGCAAGGAGUUCCAAAAGGUGAAAGAAAUCAGGGCCGUUACGAAUUGAAAAAUGUGAAAGCUAAUGCAAUGAUAAUGGAUUCAAAGAAUGUAACAUAUAUUGACCAAAAAAAUAUCCAAACGAAAAGCAAAUCUGGGAGCAUCCGUCAUAGCAGAGGUGCCAAUGAAGUUAACAAAGCUAUGUCUGCAGCGGCUGACGAGAAACAUGAUGGACAAUCUCAGAAACCGGGGAUGGAUCGGUCGGUAUUAAGCAAAGUUGAAGAAAUCACUCAGGAAAAAUCAGGGAUAUAUGUUGGGGGCUGCAAGUUGAAAUUUUCAACACAUUCUGUUAAAGAACCAUCGAAGCAUGAUAUCAAGUACAAUGUCGUUCCAGGAGCGCCACCAAGUGGUCAUAUUCAUGCAAGCUCAACACUGACCUUCAGCCCACUUUUCCAAGGUCAAAAGAACGUGAAGAUCUUGCUCCCAACAUGGUGCUCUUCAGAAGCCUCUGUUCUUGUUGGAAUCUUCACUAAAACAGAAGAAGGUGACUGGAAUAAGUUGGAGAGUCCAACCCUGACACACGAAGGACAUUUGGAGCUUCAAUAUCGUUACCUGAGCAACCUGACAGCAUUCGUAUCUCGAGACAUGUUGCCAGUAAUUCAGUUCAAAAUAUCCUGCUUUCUGUACAAUAAUGUGGAUGGGAAAUUUGCAAUGGGGUUCUGCCUCGAUGAUGGAGCCAUUGAAACUUUGUUUCGGGAUAGGCUUAAGGCGAAAGGCUUCGUUUUUUCAAGCAAGACACUGGAACCACUUACGGCAUCAUUUGAAGAUGAGAUUGCGUUCAAGAUUAUUCCUGGACAAAAAAUGGCAAAAAUACGGUUCAAUGUAGAUGAACAAUUCUUGUCUUCACAUCAGGGCCACAUAUCCUACUGCAACACAAACGGUGACACUUGUGAAUAUAAAAUCACUCAGAAGAAGAAACUUGAUUCUGCCGUGGGAAAUCAAGCUGAAGACGAACGAAUCAUCUAUCGAAAAUCCUACAGGAUAAAAAAGAAAAAAGAAUGAAUAUAUCUUUUAUGCGACAAUUAUUUAUUCGAGAUUAAUAGAUAGUUUUCGCAUAUUACCAGUGAUACCUGAACGGUCAUUUGAAAUGUUAAUUCAAGCCUAUGCAUAUGAAAACGAUUUCUAUAAUCAAUUUUAUAUAGUUUGUUUUAUUUUAUCGUCUAUUAUGCUGAUUAUGUAGUCCAAAUAUACUUGUAGAUAUCUUCCACCCUUUUGCCUAUUUGGGUCUCCCCAUUCCUUAUUCGCUAUGCAGAAACUCCGAUAUUUAUUGAUCUUCAAUGGAGCUAAUUUUUGGCACAAUUUUUUAAUUUUGUAAUAUUGCUGUAAUCUGUAUAAGUGAGCAAUAUUAAUAAAUUACGCCAAAUACAAACUAAUAUUUGAUUAUUAUUUCAAUUUUUUUUGUAUUUGGGAUAGGAUUCACAUAUUUAUUCCGGGGAGAGGAAAAAGGAUAUGACGGCUUAUCAUGUUGGUCCGGAUACCAGUUAAUGUCAGAAAUCACUCAGGAGAAAACAGUGCUAGAUAUUGGGGGCUGCAGGUUAAAACUAUCAGCAUAUUCUGUUAAAAAACCAACGAAGCAUGAUAUCAAGUAUAAUGUGGUUCCAGGAGCGCCACCUGAUGGCCUUAUUCAUGCAAGCUCAACACUGACCUUCAACCCACCUUUCCAAGGUCAGUAAAUCGAGUGUUAUUGACUCCUCUCACCUUUCUCAAAUGGGGAGGAAUUCCUCCUCAGGAAAAAUUUGGAAGAAUAUUUAUCUUUUUAUUUGCGUGUGGUAUAGUCAUAUUUUCACUUACGGUUAGGGUUGCCAACCGUCCUUUAUUUCAAAGGACAAUCCUUUAAUCAAGCUUUUCGGUUCUUGUCUAUGGUGGCCCAUCGUUGUCACGUGUAAAAUUAAAAAAAAAAUGAAAAAAUAAAAUGAAAAAGCGAAAAUAAAAAAAUAGUUGUAAAAAAAACAUAAAAAUAAUUAAAAUUGAAAAAAAAAAUUG